AUGGGGUUGGUGGAUUUCAGUGGAGUGAGCUUUCUGCUGCUUAUUGCAGUUGGUUUGUCUAUGGAGCAGUGGUCAGGAUUUCAAAAAGUCCGUGAUCCAUUACGAUUCCAGCAGCAACAGCCACCGGUUUUAGCUGCUCAAGUUGUUCGAGAUCCACAGGCGUCAGCUUAUCUUAGGCCUCCAAAAACCGCAUUGAGUCCUGCUGGUGUAGAUCCAAGGAAGGUUUUUCAAGAGCCUGGGAAUACUCAGUCCAAGCAGCUAAUGCAAGGUCCAGUGGUGCCGUUAAACUGGCGCUAUCCUGUAAUGCCAGAAGAACCCCAACAGCCAAAUGUGCCAUUUCAGUUGAAGCUACCUGACACUGCCCGGAGUGUUGCAGCACAAUGUGGGGAGAACUUUGUGCAUGUGGAGAUUAAGAAGGACUUAUUUGGGACUGGCAAGCUGGUUAAUCCUUCAUUUCUCAGUCUAGGAGGGUGUGGAGCUGUAGGUGAAGAUCCAGAUGCUCAAGUGUUCAUCUUUCAGAAUGAACUCCAGGCAUGUCGCAGCUCUCUAAUGAUGACGGACAAUGAGCUUGUGUACACCUUUACCCUCCUCUACACCCCUGAGGCUUUAACUGGAACUCCCAUUAUAAGGGCUGAUGCAGCUGCUGUUGGAAUUGAAUGUCACUAUUCAAGGUUUCAAAAUGUGAGCAGUAAUGUCUUGAUGCCAAAUUGGGUUCCUUUUGCCGCUACUAGAGUUUCAGAGGAUUUUCUGGUCUUCACCCUGAAGCUGAUGACUGAUGACUGGAUGUUUGAGCGGCCAUCCAAUCAGUAUUUCCUGGGAGAGUUCAUGAACAUUGAAGCCUCAGUGAAGCAGUACAACCAUGUUCCUUUGCGUGUAUUUGUGGAUGGCUGUGUGGCUACUGCGGUUGCUGACGUAAACUCCGUUCCAAGAUAUUCCUUUAUUGAGAACCAUGGCUGCCUGAUUGAUGCAAAGCUUACAGGCUCUCCUUCCAGUUUCAUUCACCGGGUUCAGGGCGAAAAGCUGCAGUUUCAGUUGGAAGCUUUCAGAUUCCAGCAAGCUUCUAGUGGCACGAUCUAUAUCACAUGUGCUUUAAAAGCUGUCAUGGCUUCAACCUCCGCGAGUCCAGAAAGCAAGGCUUGCUCCUUCAACAAUGGAUGGACUUCUGCGGAUGAUGAUAACCAGGUGUGCAUGUGCUGUGACUCCUCAUGUGGCUACAGCAGGAAAGGGAGGGACAUAUCUGGUUUGGGGCUGACUGGCUCUACUGAUCAGAGGUUAAACCAGAUUGACUGA